GUCCAUCACUGCUCGAGCAUACACGAGUUCCACUGAUAAAAGGAACAGGGAAUGCCCACAACGAGUCCCACCUAGCAGACGGUCCAGAUCUCGCACGAGUGUGCCUCGACCCACGCGUCUCGCUUUUCAGUAGCAACUCGAGUAUUUCAAUCCACUUUCAUUCCAAUAGCAGGACUGAAAAUGGAGGAAGCAGAAAACAAGACGACGAUAGAGGAAGAAGAAGCAGGAGAGCAGCAAAAACCCUCGAUAUUCCCUAUCUUCCCCCUCUCAUCCGGUCCGUCCGAUUCCCAAACCACCUCAUCCCACGGCCCUCAAUGGCUCUCCAACUCCAGCUUCACCCCAUCCAUUUCCUCCAUCCCGGGCCCCAGUACUUCUCACUACACUCCGAUCCUCAACGACAGCGAUGGCUCCGACGCUGAAGAAAUCCCACCGUCGAAGCCUCGCACCUACGAACUUCUCGAUUCCUCGUCUCCGUCGGAUCGGGACAGCGACCGCGACAAGAGAGGGGUGUCGAAGAAGAAGAAGAAGAGGAAGAGGAAGAGAUCGAGAGAACAGGCGGAUGAUCCUUCUAGAAAAUCGGGCGUCCGGGUGUGGGCUGGCUCGGAGGCCAAGCCGGAGAAGGAUUAUUACUUUGAUUCUCGCGGAGAUCGUGAUAAUUUGGCAUUUGGAUCGCUUUACAGAAUGGAUAUUGCCCGUUACAAGCUUCACAAUUCCAUGAACUCAUCAGGGGUCCAUGUGCAAGUUUUGUAUCAUUGGAGACAAAGGAAUUCGGCAUUGGACAUGGAUGGAGAUGUUGAUGCAUUGGAUCAUAAACUAAGAGGAGGACGCUAUUUUUCUACGAAAUAUUCCACUUUAGAACGGCACAAGGACUUCAAGCGUGUGCGAGUCCUUGCUGCCAAGAAAUAUUCGACAAAUCCUGGAGAAUUUAUUCCUUUAAUUGAGCUGCAAACUUCUCAUGAAGGUGGUAAUAAUACCGAAUCACUAGCCAAGGCGGAAAUUGCAGAAUCCUGGGAAGAUGAAGUGUUGCGCAGAACAAAGGAGUUCAACAAGAUGUCUCGAGAAACCCCUCACGAUGAGAAAGUUUGGUUUGCAUUUGCAGAAUUCCAGGACAAAGUUGCAAGUAUGCAACCGCAAAAGGCAGCUCGUUUGCAGACACUUGAAAAGAAGAUCAGUAUACUGGAGAAGGCAGUUGAACUAAAUCCAGAUAAUGAAGACCUAUUGCUUUGUCUUCUGAAGGCUUAUCAGAGCAGGGAUAGUACUGAGAUCCUCAUGGAAAGAUGGGAAAAAAUACUGAAGCAACAUUCUGGUAGUUGCAAGUUGUGGAAAGAGUUUUUGCACAUUUGUCAAGGGGAGUUCUCCAGGUUCAAGGUCUCUGACAUGAGGAAAAUAUAUGCUUAUGCUAUCCGGGCUCUGUCUGCUGCAUGUGGCAAGCUGUGUAGGCAGGUUCAGCAAAUUGGCAAACAACAGUCAACAGAUCCUGCUUUUGUUCAACUAGAGCUUGGUCUGGUUGAUGUAUUUAUUAGCCUUUGCAGGUUCGAGUGGCAAGCUGGCUACCAAGAGUUAGCAACUGGAUUACUUCAAGCCGAGAUUGAGUACAGUUUAUUUUGCCCGUCUUUGCUUCUCACUGAGCAAAGUAAGCAAAGACUAUUUGAGCACUUCUGGAAUGGUAAUGGUGCAAGAAUUGGGGAAGAUGGAGCACUUGGGUGGUCUGCAUGGCUGGAAAAAGAGGAGGAAAAUAGGCAGAAGGUCAUUAUAGAGGAUACCUCUGAAGAAAAUGAAGUAGGUGGGUGGACUGGUUGGUUGGAGCCUCUAUCCAAGAACAGUGAAACUAGCAAAGAGCCAGAGAAAUUAGCAGCAGGUGUUGUCACUGAUGAAGAUAUCAGAGAAGUUUCUGAGACUGAAAAUAUGAAGCAGGAAGAAGACGUUGAAUCUUUGCUGAAGAAGCUAGGUAUUAGUGUUGACACUGAAGCUGACACUGAGAUCAAUGACUCAUCUACCUGGAAUAGAUGGUCAGAAGAAGAGUCAUCACGGGACUGUGAGCAAUGGAUGCCUGUGCGUGAUAUUUCUGGUAAAGAAGGUGAUGAACAACUCUCGAGAGUCAUCUUGUUUGAAGAUGUCAGCGAAUAUCUAUUUUCAUUGCACUCAGAGGAGGCCCGUUUCUGCUUGGUGUCCCAAGUCGUUGAUUUCUUUGGCGGGAAAAUUUCUCAACGGUUGUGCACGAAUAGUCCAAGUUGGGCUGAAAAUACCCUCAGCUUAGAGACUCUACCAUAUUCAAUUUUAGAAGAUUUGAGGAAGGUCGAUGAAGUGCUAACUAGGACAGAUAGCAGUUCAAGUUAUUUCAACUUAGAAUCCCUUUUGGGACAUUCAGAUGAUAUAUCUAGAAGAACUAAUAUCAUGAAAUUCCUACGAAAUGCAAUCUUGCUUUGUUUAAAUGCUUUCCCGCGUAAUUACAUCCUGGAAGAAGCUGUUCUUGUUGCUGAAGAGCUAUUUACCACACGAAUGAAAUCUUGUGCCUGCUCCGUUACGCCAUCACGAUCUUUAGCUAAAUUGCUCUUGAAAAAUGAUCGGCAGGACUUGCUGCUUUGUGGAGUCUAUGCUAGAAGUGAGGCUGCUUUUGGGAAUAUUGAUCUCGCCAGGAAGAUAUUUGACAUGGCACUGUCGUCUAUCGAAGGGCUCCCUUUGGAUCUUCAAGGAAAUGCGCCUCUUUUGUACUUUUGGUAUGCUGAAAUGGAGCUUGCUGCUUGUACCUCUGACAGUAUUUCAGAAUCAUCAGCUCUACGUGCAAUACAUAUUCUAUCCUGCUUGGGAAGUCGUGUAAAUUACACUCCCUUUAAGUUCCAAGCAUCAAGUCUGCAAUUGUUGAGAGCACGCCAAGGAUUUAAAGAACAUAUUAAAAAAUUACGAUCUGCAUGGGUGCGGGGAGAUAUAAAGGAUCAGUCUAUUGCUUUCAUCUGUUCAGCUGCUUUAUUUGAAGACCUGACUGCUGGAUGGGGUGCUGGUGUGGCAGUUUUUGUAGAGGCUUUUUCCAUGACUCUUCCUGAAAGGAGGAGCCAGAGUUCUCAUCUUGAAUAUUUGUUCGACCAUUAUGUUAGAAUGUUCCAGAAGCAUCUUAAGGACUCAAAACUCUCGAAAGCAUGGAAGACCAUGUUGCAGGGGCUCCAGAUAUACCCUUACAAUCCAAAAAUGUUUGCUGCUUUUAUAGAAGUUGGUGGUCUUUAUACUGUACCGAACAAACUUCGGCAGAUAUUCGAUGAAUAUUGUAACAAGAAGCCCUCUGUUAUUGUCUGGCUCUUCGCUUUGUCAUUUGAGUUGGGAAGAGCAGGUUCACAGCAUAGAAUACAUGGUUUGUUUGAAAGAGCAUUGGCAAAUGAUCAUUUGCAGAAGUCAGUUAUACUGUGGCGGUGCUAUCUUGCGUAUGAGAUCCACAUAACACACAACCCUUCUGCGGCUAGACGAAUCUUUUUCAGAGCUAUCCAUGCCUGCCCAUGGUCAAAAAAGCUGUGGCUUGAUGGAUUUUUGAAAUUACACAACGUUUUGACCACGAGGGAACUGUCAGAUCUCCAAGAAGUCAUGCGAGAUAAAGAGCUGCAUUUGCGGACGGAUAUUUAUGAGAUUCUCUUGCAGGACGAUGCAUAACGCUUGCAUUUCUCUUGUUACAGCAGCUUUACUUAUGUUGUUGUAUGUAUAUCAAUCCAUGGCGGUCUCAUGCGGGCCGCGCAGAUGAGUACGAGUCUGUACAUUAUGUUUCGAGCCUCCAUUUCCUAAAAACAUUAGUGUAAUUUCCAAUCUCCGUCAUUUGUUUUGAACUUUUGAUCUGUAAAUUGGGAUAGGAUUAUCUUUUCGUUGUUAUUGAAACCCACCCUUUUGAUUUGCAUACACCCUAGUUUCCAUUUUUGGAAUUGACAUGUAUGCAGAUAGAAGGCCGCCCAUUGAUAUCAAUUCCCUAGCAUUAUAUGGUAACUAAUCCACUAUUUGAAACUUUA